GUUAAAUGGAUUUAACUCUUUACCAUGUAGCGGUAAUGCAUACUCGACACCCUGAGUGCAUUUGGGCCACGUCAGUUGGAGGUACCGCACAUCAUGGAGCAAAAUCACAAACAAGACGAACUGAGCGAAUUGUACGCCGGCUUCAGCAAGGCUUUUAAAUCGUUCGCCACAAAGGCCAUUCACGUCGGCCAGGAGCCGGAGCAAUGGAAGUCAUUGGCUGUUGUGCCGCCGAUUUCUCUUUCUACCACGUUCAAGCAGAACGGACCAGGAAACCACGCCGGGUAUGAAUACAGCCGGAGUGGAAACCCUACAAGAAACUGUCUAGAGAAGGCUGUAGCAGCUGUGGAUGGAGCACGCUAUUCUCUUGCUGUUGCCUCAGGACUGGCAGCCACCUUGACCAUCACACACAUGCUGAAGGCUGGUGACAGCAUUGUCUGCAUGGAUGACGUGUAUGGAGGCACAAACCGCUUCUUCCAAAAAAUUGCCCGGGAAUUUGCCUUGGAGGUGUCGUUUGCAGACUUCACAAAGUUAGAGAAGCUGAAGGCUGCUCUGAAGAACAACACCAAACUGGUGUGGAUUGAGACCCCCACCAACCCCACCAUGAAGGUUGUUGACAUCCAAGCCUGUUCCGACAUGAUCCACGAACACAGCAAAGACAUAGUGGUGGUCGUGGACAACACCUUCAUGUCCCCCUAUUUCCAGCGCCCCUUGGCUUUGGGAGCUGAUGUCUGCAUGUACUCGGCCACCAAAUACAUGAACGGUCACAGUGAUGUGGUCAUGGGUCUGAUGUCUGUGAAUCGGGAAGAUCUGUAUGACCGUCUGAAGUUUUUGCAGAAUGCACUUGGCUGUGUCCCGUCCCCCUUUGACUGCUACCUGUGUAACCGAGGACUGAAGACGCUACACCUGCGUAUGGAGCGACACUUCAAGAACGGCAUGGCUGCGGCUAAGUUCCUGGAGGCCGAUCCCCGGGUGGAUCGUGUCAUCUUCCCAGGCCUGCCCUCCCACCCUCAGCAUGAUAUAAUGAAGAGACAGUGCACCGGAUGUCCCGGGAUGAUCACCUUCUACAUUAAGGGGGAACUGGAGCAUGCAUCAGCCUUCCUUAGUAACCUCAAAUUGUUUGCAAUUGCUGAGAGCCUGGGUGGAUAUGAAAGUUUAGCAGAACACCCGGCGAUCAUGACUCACGCAUCAGUUCCGGAAAAAGAGAGGAUCGUCCUAGGAAUUAGUGACACACUGAUCCGGCUCUCUGUUGGACUGGAGGAUGAGGCCGACAUCAUUGAGGACCUGGAACAGGCACUGAAUGCUGCUCACCCAAAGGAGGAGUGAGCGGUGGUCACCGUGGCGACCUCCAAGGCUGAAGUUGACUCAGUUGAUCAGGAGGAUGCUGAGAGGUACACAGAGUCUUAAAUCACCGCAGAUCAACAUUCGGUACCUCAGUUAAGCGCACAAAUGGCAGAGAUUCACCUUUCAGGGAACAGCUUCUAAAAACAAACAAAUUAUACUAUCUGUGAAUAAUUGACACAAUUAUUACAUGAGAAUCUCUCUCUCACUUUUAAUCUUAUUUAUCUAAUGCUGGUUUUGCGUUAUGUCUGUAUGUGUUUCGUUCGAGUUCAGUUCCAUUUGGAAGGCUUUAGUUUGACAUUCAGUCCAGACUGAUAUGAACAGUUCGAGGUUCUUCAGGGUAAACACCAACACUGUAUUUGCUGUAUCUUUUCACUGUAUAAACAUGAGCACUUCAGGCUUCCUCCUACACAAUGCACAGAACAGUAUCCAAAUUAAAUGUUUUAUAUAUCAUUACUGAUUGAUAAAUCUGUAUAAGUAACCUCCUUAACAUAACUGGCAUAGUUGUGCUUCAGAAGACAGCUGUGUUUUUGAUGACUAUUAAUCUGACUAACCAGACUCAUAGAGGCAAAGCUAAUGUCAACACUGACUGCCUUAAAGUCAGACCUGUAUUCUCAAGAUAAAAUACCUUAGAUUAGCUAAAAAUGAAGACGAUAUUGCUUUAAAGUGCUGCAGCAACACAAGCAAAUCUACGUACAUGGCAGUUUUGUGCAACUAGAUUUUCACAUGCCAUGUGAAGAAGAGGAGAGGAAUCACAUCCUUCAUUUUUAAUACUUAUCAGGAUGUAUUUCAGAUGAAUCGGUUUGAAUUUGGUGUGCACUUGACCCUUUUGGAUCACUUCUAAGCAAAAACCUUUUUGAAAUGCUUUUUAUUGUCAUGAAGAACAAAAAAAUCAAAGGGGAUUUCUCACAAUACUGCUUGAUUUAUUUCUUCUUUUUAUUAACUUGAUUCAUAACAUUUAUGUCGAUGACAAAGAAAAAUCUUCAAAUACUGUUUUUCUGUCAAACAAAAUGUUUCACUUGGGCACUCCUCCUUCCUGCUUUUCCCCGUGUAAUCCUCCAGCGCUCAGUACACGCUUCAUUUGGGCCAGACCACUUAAGAUCAAUGUCAUUAUGCAACCUACAAAUCCAUUAAAAAUCUGUUUGCUGUA